AUGUUCGCCGGCGCGCCCGUCUUGGUAAUUGCCCUGUGCCUGGCAGCGCGUCCCGUCCGUGGGGGCGGGAAGAAAUUUUAUCAUGGAAUCUGUGGGGGCCGCGAUUGUACAGCCGGCUGCAAGUGCUUCCCGGAGAAAGGGGCACGGGGUCAACCAGGGCUAAUCGGGAACCAAGGACCAAUGGGCAUUGAAGGCUUUACUGGACCAGAGGGAGUGAGAGGACUGAAAGGAGAGAGGGGUGUAACAGGUCCUACAGGUGCAGCUGGAAUGAAGGGAGACAAGGGCCCAAUGGGUGUUCCUGGAUUCCCUGGAAUUUAUGGAGUUCCGGGACACCCCGGUCAGCCAGGAUCCAGAGGUCUUCCUGGUUUAGAUGGCUGUAAUGGUACCAUUGGAAGUCCUGGUACCUCCGGAUCAGAUGGAUUGCCUGGUCUCCAAGGACCACCGGGUCGUCCUGGUCCUAAAGGUCCAAAAGGUGAACCUGUUUAUGCCCCGGAAAUUUUUAGAGGAGUGAAGGGAGAAAGUGGUCUUCCUGGACUGGAUGGUGCUAUUGGACCAAAAGGUUUUCCAGGCCGACCAGGUCCUGCUGGCCCCAUCGGGCUACCUGGAUUUCCGGGACCACCAGGUUUCCCAGGUCCCGCGGGACCUGUGGGCAGUAGCAAUCUAGUUUUCCAGGGAGAAAAAGGAGAAAAAGGAGAUGUGGGACUGCCAGGACUAGCAGGACCUCCAUCUUCCACAGGGACAGAAGAAUAUGUUGGAGUGUCCAAAGGACAGCGAGGAGCAAAGGGAGUUCCUGGCCCCAAAGGAAUUCCAGGCCUACCAGGAGUUCCUGGACGUCCGGGUUUCUGGGGCUUUGGAGAAAAGGGAGAAAAAGGCAUCCCUGGUUUACCAGGACCCAGGGGAGACAUGGGACAGAGGGGACCGGAAGGAAGCAUAGGCAGAAAGGGGGUCCUGGGCGAAUCGGGAUUUCCCGGUUGGGAUGGAUCACCAGGCAAAAAGGGUGACUUUGGCGAUGUGGGUCCACCAGGCCUUCCAAUAAUUGUUGACACAAGUGGUGCCAUCAUAUCAGGUCCCCCUGGAGAACCCGGCACACCAGGAAACCCUGGAUCUAGAGGAGAUGGGGGGACUAUUGGUUUGCCAGGAUUUCCUGGGCAACCAGGACGAACUCCAACCUUUCCAGGUCCCCCAGGUUCAAUGGGCAUCCCAGGGAUCUCAGGAGUUAAAGGUGACCGAGGAGAACCAGGAAGGACCACAGUUGGAUCUCCAGGCCUACCUGGGAAAGAUGGAGCUCCAGGGUUACCAGGACCUCCAGGGUUACCAGGUGCUUCAGAUACAGCAUACCCAGCAGGUGCAAUCCUUAGAGGAGAACCUGGGGAACCAGGUAUUCCCGGACCAAGGGGCCCCCCAGGAAUCUUUGGCUUAAGAGGAUAUAAAGGGGAAGGUGGUGAUUGUGCCUGUGAUGGAGGAAUCACGAGAAUAGGCUUGCCAGGAGAGUCAGGCAACCCUGGUCAACCUGGAGGACAAGGUGAUGUUGGGCCAAAAGGAUCCGUGGGGGAUCCAGGAGAUGGUAUACUAGGUCCCCCUGGGCCACCCGGUUUCCCAGGUCAACCUGGUCUUCCAGGCAUUAAAGGACAAAAAGGGGAACCAUCUUCAGUCUCAGGCAGAGGACCUCGAGGAGAUCCAGGGAAUAUUGGACUCAGGGGUCCUUCAGGGCCACCUGGAACUCCUGGUAGGGAUGGUGUGCAAGGUGUCCCAGGUCAACAUGGUCCUCCGGGUGAUGAUGGAUUUGGCUACCCGGGGGACAAAGGUUUCCCUGGUUUAGCUGGUGCAAAGGGGAAGCGUGGUGAAAUUGGCCUACCUGGCAUUGGUUUUCCGGGACCAAAUGGAAGCUUUGGACCUAGAGGUGAUCCAGGGAUCAGUGGCAUUCCAGGACAACCUGGCCCACCAGGGCCGCCAGGUGAUUGCUGCUGCGGUGAGGAGGUUGGUAAUGGAGACUUAGACGCUCAGGGAGGAGAAGCUGUGCCAUGCAUAAUCCCUGGAAUCGUGGGUCCACCUGGACUUCCGGGACUUUCAGGAUUACCAGGUUCCAAGGGUAGCAAAGGAUUCCCUGGUUUUUCAGGGCAGCCAGGUUCAAUUGGCUUAAAAGGAGAGCCAGGCACACCUGGAGAGGCUCGGUUCCCAGGAAUGCCAGGGUUUCCUGGCCCUCGUGGAGAUCCAGGUUCAAAAGGACUACCAGGAAUUGAUGGGGCGGAUGGGCUGCCUGGUCCAGAAGGCUGUCCUGGUGUGGUUGGUCCAAAUGGAUCCCCUGGUGAUGUGUUUGGGGCUGAACCAGGAUCCCGAGGAGAACCUGGGCCACCUGGCUUACCAGGAGAUAAAGGCUUUCCUGGAGAUUUUGGCUUUCCUGGAACACCAGGUCUGGAUGGAAAGCCUGGCCUGCCAGGUAGAAAAGGAGGAUUUGGAGAACCAGGUCUUCCAGGCUUUGAUGGACCGCCAGGACCGCCAGGACCAGGAGGUCCAUUUGGCAUCAAAGGAAAACCAGGUCCGUUGGGAACAAUCGGCCUUCCAGGAUCACAAGGCUGCCAAGGGCUUCCUGGAACAAAAGGACCAAGAGGAGAUGCUGGUUCACCAGGUCCCGCCGGCAUGAAAGGGCUCCCAGGGCUUAAUGGAAGGCCAGGAGAGGCUGGAGAACGAGGAUUGCCUGGACCUCCGGGUCUCUGGGGCCCAGACGGAACUCCAGGUUUUCCCGGCUCAAAAGGUGAAAAGGGCUCGUUGGGCGUGAUUGGCUUUCCCGGGAUGCCAGGCCCACCUGGGCUUCCUGGCGUGGAUGGCCUCCAAGGAACGUCUGGUGAACCAGGAAGAAGUGGAAGCCCUGGGUUUUCUGGCUUCCCUGGCCUCAAAGGGGACAGAGGUGUCCAUGGUCCUCCUGGCCCUCCCAUUUCCAUACCCCCAGAGGUGGCCCUCCGAUUCAAAGGGAAUAAAGGAGAUUCUGGACUGGUUGGACAGAGAGGGUAUCCAGGACCAAGAGGGGGAAAAGGAGCUCCUGGGGUCCGGGGGCAGCCGGGACUUCCAGGAAGAUCCGGAUCGCCAUCUAGGGAGAAAGGACAGCCAGGAGAGCCAGGUUUUCCAGGAACGUUUGGUCGUCCUGGGUUAUUGGGACAAAAGGGAUCUGGUGGCAUCUCAGGCUUUCCUGGAAUGCCUGGGGGAAGAGGUGCUGAAGGUAUACCAGGCUCACUGGCCCCCCCAGGAAUUAACGGAUUGCGUGGUCCAAAAGGUGACCGAGGGGAAACCCGAGGAAUCCCAGGUGGUGUGGGACCUAAGGGCCAACGAGGGGACCGAGGGCUUCCAGGUAUCACAGGUGUCCAAGGAACAAAAGGUGACCCAGGAUACCCAGGAGAUCCUGGACUAAAUGGACAGAAAGGUUCACCAGGAAACCCUGGACAAGAAGGACCAAGAGGCUUUCCUGGAUCUGCGAGAGGCAGCCCAGGUUUUCCAGGUAAUCCUGGGCAACGUGGACCUCCAGGAUUGCCUGGAUCUCCUGGAUCUCCUGGCCCUGCAGGACCAAAAGGAUUUCCAGGACUGACUGGCCUAAAUGGUUUACCUGGCACUAAGGGCUCACCUGGAAAACAAGGCCUGAAUGAAAACGGACUCCCUGGACCGGCAGGAAUUCCAGGUGUCAAAGGUCAACGAGGUGAACCCAGUUUCCACUUUGGAGCUUCUGGUCUUCGUGGACCAAAAGGGCCUGCAGGAGAAAUAGGUCUUCCUGGGAGCCCAGGUGCCACUGGUGUGCGAGGCCCCCCUGGCACCUCUGUGCCUUCAGACAUUCCUGGAAAGCCUGGUGAUGCUGGACGUCCUGGAGAAGAUGGGCUGCCAGGCUUCCAAGGACCUCCUGGGCCACCAGGACCUCCGGGCCCAGCCUUCAAUCAAGGUGAUCGAGGUAAUCCAGGCCCCACCGGUCCUUCUGGCUUCUCAGGCCUCAAAGGCAAUGCAGGCAUCCCUGGAUUUAGUGGACCCCCUGGAGAAUCAGGUUUCAAAGGAUUCAGAGGGGACCCAGGUUUCAUAGGAAAGCCUGGGCAAGAUGGACCGGCAGGUGAUCCAGGUUUCCUUGGGCCAAAGGGCAAAGCAGGCCGUCCAGGUUUUCCUGGGCUGCAAGGAUCUCCAGGCUUAACCCAAACACCAGAAGAUAUCAGAGCUCCUCCUGGCUUAAUGGGAUUGCCCGGAAAUGAUGGCAACCCUGGUUUAAAUGGAGACCCUGGCUUCCAGGGGCAAACUGGAUCACAAGGUCCAAAAGGAAAGGCAGGCAUACCUGGCCAGGUGGGAAUCAAUGGCUUACCAGGUUCUCCUGGGAUGGUAGGAGACCCAGGUUCUCCAGGAACUCUGGGGCUACCAGGAUUUGAAGGACGUCCUGGGAAUCCAGGUCUGGCUGGGCUGCCAGGGAUGCCAGGGCGUAGCAUUGGAGUGGGCUAUACCUUGGUGAAACAUAGCCAGUCGGACCAGAUUCCACCCUGUCCGGUGGGCAUGAACAAACUCUGGGAAGGUUACAGUUUGCUCUAUGUGAAAGGCCAGGACAAGUCCCACAAUCAAGAUCUGGGUUUUGCUGGCUCCUGCCUGCCUCGCUUCAGCACGAUGCCUUUUAUUUAUUGCAACAUCGACGAAGUGUGCUACUACGCCAGCCGCAAUGAUAAAUCAUAUUGGCUUUCCACCACGGCUCCAAUACCCAUGAUGCCCGUCAGCAGCUACCAAAUCGCCCAGUACAUCAGUCGCUGCUCAGUGUGUGAAGCACCGUCCCAAGCUGUGGCUGUCCACAGCCAGGACAUCACCAUCCCACAAUGCCCCGAAGGCUGGCGCAGUCUCUGGAUUGGGUACUCCUUCCUCAUGCACACGGCUGCCGAAGGCGGUGGCCAAUCCCUGGUCUCCCCCGGAUCCUGCCUGGAGGACUUCCGUGCCACCCCUUUCAUUGAGUGCAACGGUGCCCGAGGAACGUGCCAUUACUUUUCCAACAAGUACAGUUUUUGGCUGACCACAGUGGAGGCGACCAAUCAAUUUGCUGAGUCUCCCAUCUCCGAAACGCUGAAAGCGGGUCAGCUCCAGACACGGGUGGGACGGUGCCAAGUCUGCAUGAAAAAUUUGUAGCAAAGGCCCGGACACGAGACCUUGUUUCUUUUAAGACCAAGAAAUUAGCAUUUGUGUCCUAGCUGGGCAAUUGACAUUUUCCUAAAUCUCUCCAGAGCCUUCCUUGUCUCCAUCAAAACAUGGUGCUAUCUUUCCCCCUUGUUUUUAUCUUCCUGGCUACCUCAAAGUCUUUUUCUACCUUCCCAACUAUCACAAUCCCUUGGCAUUGAUGUACUAAACUGAUUUUCUCACAAGAUACACGGAUCUUGGGCAAAGAGUAUGAUCGUUAAGGUCUUAAGGAUUUAAGGCAUGUCAGGAUUUUCACAAAUGUUUUUGGCUGCAUGCACACACUCCUCUUCUAACCAUGUUCCUCAUUCAUAUUCAGCUUAAGUUAACUGCUUAUUUUAGGCCUAAAGAAUAACAUACUGUCCGGAAGUGUUUCUGUUCUAUGAUCAGUGGUAUGAUCAGAUUUGAAGGUUCAGGUUUGUGAAAUAGUUAACUGUGUUGAUCAAAGCACUGCUAUUAAGCAGUGAAGUGACAAUAAAAUAAAAUAAACUUGUUAGGAGAGGACAAUAUUGGGAUUUUCCAUCCGUUAACAUGAGCAGCAGGCCUAUUAGAAGAAUGAUAAUAUGCAUCUUUUGGCAUAGCAUCAACCUGAGGAUUUCUUAUGGUGAUAAUNGCAGUUUGGCUUCACCUGCUUGAUUAUUCAGCCCAAGAGUGUUAAAUCUAGCACUGUUACUACUCUGUGUAAUGUUUUCUUACGAAUGUUUCCCUCUCAGCGUAUUUAUUAAUGUGCCACAAGUAGCAUUCUUUCGUGGCAUCCAGUGAUGCUACUCACAGACACAC